AUGAAAAUUCAGUGUGAUGUGUGUGAGAAAGCCCCGGCAACAAUGAUUUGUUGCGCAGAUGAGGCAGUUUUGUGUGCCAAAUGUGACGUUGAAGUUCAUGCUGCCAACAAGCUUGCAAGCAAGCAUCAGAGGCUUCUCCUUCAAUGUUUAUCAAACAAGCUUCCCAGAUGUGACAUAUGUCAAGAUAAGGCAGCUUUCAUAUUUUGUGUUGAGGACAGAGCACUCUUAUGUAAAGACUGUGAUGAGCCAAUUCAUGUAGCCGGUAGCCUUUCCGCAAACCACCAACGGUUCCUGGCUACUGGUAUCAGGGUGGCUUUGGGGUCUAAUUGCACCAAAGGCAAUGAAAAAGGUCAGGUGGAACCAUCUAAUCCAAAUGCACAAGAAGUUCCUGUGAAAGUUCCUUCUCAGCAAGUGCCUAGCUUCACAUCCUCUUGGGCAGUUGAUGACUUGUUGGAAUUAACAGACUUUGAGUCACCCGACAAAGUAAGGGAGCUUUAUUUCACUCUUCUAAUUGCAUAUGUUAGCUGA